AUGUAUAUAAAUUUAAAACAACAAGAACCGCCAAUUGAUCGUGCUAUAAUAUCGCGUAUUGCAUCGAGAUGGAUGAAUGCUAUGUUGCAGCACACAAAUCUUAAGAAAUGCGACAGACUCAACUACGUGUCGAGGUUUCCUGUGCACCCAACGAGCGCCGUACCACACGACACUAAAUUUUCUAAGGCAUACCUCAACAAAAAGAAGAAGGUUGCCUCGACCGGUAUGCUUCUCUAUUAUUUAGCGGCCAUCUUUAAAGGGCUGCAUCCUCGAGUUGAUGAUGAUUUUGUUGAUAAACUCAACUAUCAUUAUACUUCAGCGAUCAUAUUUGCGUUCGCCAUAAUUGUUUCUGCUAAGCAAUAUGUCGGUUAUCCUAUUCAAUGCUGGGUUCCAGCACAAUUCACGGACGCUUGGGAACAGUAUACGGAGAAUUAUUGUUGGGUAGAAAAUACCUAUUAUCUGCCUCUUACCAGUGCUUUUCCUCUAGAAUACGGCGAUAGACGAGCUCGCCAAAUCAGUUAUUACCAAUGGGUUCCAUUUGUUUUAGCGCUUGAAGCGCUAAUGUUCUACAUUCCAUGUAUUAUGUGGAGGGGUCUGCUACACUGGCAUUCAGGAAUCAAUGUGCAAAGUCUCACACAAAUGGCAUGCGAUGCAAGGAUGAUGGAUGCCGAUGCAAGAGCUGCUACUGUGCAAACGAUUGCCGGCCAUAUGGAGGAUGCACUCGAAAUACAGCGAGAGGUAACUGAUGUAUCAGGACUGUGUGUGGGCAAGCGUUGGGGAUCGUACGUUACAUGCCUUUAUGUGUUCAUAAAGACACUUUAUCUUGUCAACGUUGUUGCGCAAGUGUUCUUAUUGAAUACAUUUCUCGGCACUGAUAACCUCUUCUAUGGCUUCCACAUCCUCAAAGACCUUUUGAACGGCCGGGAAUGGGAAGUGAGCGGUAAUUUUCCACGUGUUACAAUGUGCGAUUUCGAGGUGCGCGUUUUGGGUAACGUACAUCAUCAUACAGUGCAGUGCGUGCUUAUGAUUAACAUGUUCAAUGAAAAAAUUUUCUUGUUUCUAUGGUUUUGGUAUUUUAUGGUUUCUAUCGUCAGCACAUUUUCGAUGGGUCAUUGGAUGCUCAUAUCAUUUCUGCCUGGACAGCAUAUGAAGUUUAUUCGGAAAUACCUGAAAGCUACGGACCUCGCAACGGACAGGCAGUCUGUUAAAAAGUUUGUUCACAAAUUUCUUGGAUACGAUGGUGUAUUUUGUAUGAGGAUGAUUAGUGCACACGCUGGCGACAUAAUGGCUACUGAAUUGAUUGUCGCAUUAUGGCAUAAUUUCAAUGACAGGGUACGGAAGAGUCCGAUCGAAAUGUUCGAGGGUGGUGUAACGCAGAGUCCAAGCAAAUUGGACGCUAAUUUUAAGACGUGGCUCUUAGGUCAGACAAGGAACAAGCCACCAUUUGAAGGUGGUAAUCCGACACGUGGCAAGAAGCGGAGGAAAUCAGAUGGAUAUUUUACUUUUGUUUAG